UGCGGAGUGGUGAGGUCGGUCUGAAGGAAUAGCAGGUUCACUCAUUCGAUAUCGCAAUGCACUUAUUUGUGUUAUUAACUGAUGACUGUUUGUCACAAUAAUAUUAAAGCAAGCUGUAUCUUCAAGCUGAACAGCUCGGUGUUUUAGCUAAUUUGCGUCAGAGAGAGCUUGCAAACGAACAGCAUAGAUGCGUUAGCAAACUAUACUGCAGCUAUCUGUAAAUUGAUUGCCAACAGGUUGCUGUUAUUCGCUGGCUGAAUUAAGCGAAUAUUAAACGGAUUACUGGAGCUAACACGCUGUUUACUUGGUGUCAACACACAGUACAAUGACCUCUUUGGUGGCCUAUGAGGAUUCUGACCCAGAGGAUGAUCCUCCAAAUGAGGGAGGGACAGACCAAAUGAAUGCUUAUAAGAGUGACAGUGUGGCCGUGCAAUCUGGAGUAGAGCAGAAACAAUUUGGACUGAGCCUCAGAGGUCAGAACAGACCAAUUCCCAGUCCACAUGAUAGAGGCUUUGAAGUGGUACAAUGCAGUGACGUGACAGCCUCUGGGCAUUUCAGUGAGUUUAUAUCUCUUCCUUGGACUCAAAGCAGCACUGGCUUUCAAAGGCCAGCACUCAGCCGCCCUGAUUGUGCUAUUUCUAUGAAGAGGCCUCAGCCUUCCACAGCAGUGGUGAAACCUUAUAUUCCCAAGCGACAGAGGCGGACGCAGCUUGGGGGAGACAGUGUGCCUGAGGCUCCACAACCGGCCGCCACUCUGGACCAGGGUGCGAACUCCAAGCUGCUAACAGAGGUGUCGGACAGCGUGCGCCCGUACCUGGAGAGGCGGGGCGGUGGGGCGGAGCUACCCAGGCGCGUGCGGCUACGCAUCCAGGCGCACCAGGGCCCGGUGAACGCAGUCCAAUGGUGUCCAGUGCCCCAUCUCAGCCAUCUCCUCUUGUCUGCUUCUAUGGAUGGCACUGCCAAGGUGUGGGACGGCGCCGGCAGUGGGCGGUGCCUGAGGACGUGCUCCUCCCACAGCGGGGCCGUGCGGGACGCCCGCUGGAGUCAGUGCGGGCGACGCCUCCUCACCGGCUCCUUCGACCACAAGGUCCGCUUGAGUGACGUGGAGACUGGUCAAGAAGUGGUUGGUGUGAAUAACCAGUUCAAGGUGACCUGCCUGGCCUUGCAGCCCAGUGACCCCCAUGUUUUCCUGUGCGGAGGGUUCAGCCCUGAAGUCAAAGCUUGGGACACCAGGACAUGCAAGGUGGUGAGGGUGUACCAGGCAGCCAUCCAGCAGACCCUGGACAUCCUGUUCCUGGCAGGAGGGAAGGAGUUUGUGACCAGCAGUGACUCAGUGAGCCGUGACUCGGCCGAGCGCACGCUCAUCGCAUGGGAUUUCCAGACAUCUGCCAAGGUGUCCAACCAGAUCUUCCAGGAGCGCUACACCUGCCCCAGCCUAGCCCUACACCCUCAAGAGGACUCAUUCGUGGCACAGACCAACGGGAACUACAUCGCCCUGUUUUCAACAGAGAGACCCUACAAGAUGAACAAGAGGAAGCGCUAUGAAGGACACAAGGUGGAGGGCUACGCGGUCGCGUGCGAGUUCUCCGCCGACGGCGCGGUGCUGGCCUCGGGGAGCUCCGGCGGCUCGCUCCACUUCUACGAGCACCAGAGCGCCCGGGCGCUGCGGACCUUUCCGGCGCAUCAGCAGGCCUGCGUGGGCAUCAGCCUUCACCCCGUCCUGCCCGCGGUGGCUGCCACGUGCGACUGGAGCGGGGAGAUCGGUGUCUGGCACUGACGGCUGGGAGGGGUAUGCAGGCAAGUGCAGACCUCCAGUCACUCCUUGCGCUUUCGCGCGCUCUCUUAUUCCCUCUCGCACGCACGCACAUUCCUCACAGACAGAUACGCAGACUUUCAAGGCACGCCAACAUUCUGGAAAACAGGGUGAUUCACAUACUCACUCAGAUACUUAGUAACACAAAAAACCUGCUCUGAUUUUCUUGGAAGAUUCAGGUUUUAGUUUACUGCCAGUGCAUUUUUUUUUUACUGACUUGGUGAUGUAAAUAAAUCAUGAUGUGUCAAAC